AUGGCAUCAAAUCCUGAGCCAGAGAUUCUCAGUCCACAGGAAGCCGUUCAUGCAUCUACGCAAGCGCCAUCUCCCGAAAUUACCAUAUCCCAGCCUCAGCCCCAACCGCAACAGUCAUCACCGCCGCUGCCAACGUCUCAGCCACCGUUGGAGCAAACGCCUGCCUUCGCAGACCCUGAAGUCCCUCCACCUCUUGUCCCUACUCCGAGAUCAGCUACCUUUGGCCGUGCUACACCAGGAGGAGGAUCACGCCGCCGCAGACGAAGCCGGAGCAGGAACCGAGCUGGCACGGCGACCAGCGCAAACAACCCCUACUUUCCAGGAGAUCAAGCGUCAACGCGGAAACUUCGCUACAGUCUAGAUGAGUAUGAUGACGAGGGCCUACGCAACGAGCUUAGUCGUCACCCUGACAGCCGGUCAAUGCCCCGAGCACGCCCGCCUCGUGCAUACCUCAACCACCCUGCCUACGCAAACCUAGACUCACCCUCCAAACCCUACACCGAGGAUGCCAAGGGCCAUCGAGAGUUUGAGUAUGAGGUCGACCCCCAUACUCGGCAUCAGUAUGAUGAGGAGUACGCCUACGGCACUGCUGUCUCGCAUGGGCCUGGGAUGGCAGGACCUCAGCCCUUCAUGCGACUUGCCCCGACAUCCAACGCCAGCCACUAUGGCCCCGACAGUCAGGCACCCAAGAUCAACUGGAAAGAGUUGAGUCGCGAGGAGCGCACCGAGGUCCUUCGGCUGCCAUGGACGCAGUGGAUGAACAGCGAUGUCAAGAAUCACUUUGUCGCUAUGCUCGGAGAACUAAUUGGGACAACCAUGUUCCUCUUCUUCGCAUUUGCGGGCGUCGAGGUUGCCAACAUUGGCCUGCCUUCAUCGGCCCCGUUCAACCUGGCCAAGCAACUCUAUAUUGCACUCAGUUUUGGCUUCUCACUCAUGGUAAACGUGUGGAUCUUUUUCCGCAUAAGUGGCGCCCAGUUCAACCCGGCCGUCACCUUGGCGCUCUGGAUGACCGGUGCCGUUGAUGCCGUUCGAGGCGUCUGCCUGGUUAUCUCGCAGCUCUGCGGCGGCAUGCUUGCCAGCGUGAUCGUAAGGUUCCUCUUUCCACAAAAGUUUAGCGUACGGACCAGCCUCGGACAGAACACAUCGCUUGUUCAGGGGGUCUUCAUCGAGGCAUUGCUCACGGCCGAGCUCGUCUUCACCAUCUUGAUGCUGGCCAAGGAGAAGCACAAGGCAACAUACAUGGCACCUGUUGGCAUCGGUCUGGCUCUUUGGAUCGAUCACAUGGUUGGUGUACCAUUCACCGGGGCUGGGAUUAACCCCGCGCGCAGCUUUGGACCUUGUGUCGUUACAGCGACUUUUGAGCCCGAACAUUGGAUAUACUGGGUUGGACCAGGCAUUGGAGCCCUGAUCGCCGUGGGUUUCUAUAAGCUGAUCAAGGUUCUGGAGUACGAGAUGGCCAACCCUGGAGCCGAUGGAGAUGCGAGCAAUGAUCCAACUCAGAAUCCAGCCAAGAGGGCAGAGCUGGCAGCCGGAAGAAGGUUCGCGGGUGGCUUUGAUGCCAAAUAA